AUGAGGGUAGAGCUCUAUGGCUGUAUAGGUAUUGUGGCAAAGUUUGUAUUCGUUUUUAUGUCGACAAUUUCUCUCAAACCUGUUGCAAAUAAAAGCUUUAUAUGGAAGGGAAAUUUAUGGCAAAGGUCUUCAUUGGAACAUUUUUCUUUCCUGUUUAAUCUUGUAGCCAUCGGCGUUCUAGAUCCUAAGGUUCUCUACCCCCUUAACAAAUGGUUUUCAGUACGGGAAAUCAACGACGAACAACCCCAGGGUACCCCUGUUGGAGUGACGCUAGCAACUGGUCCAAAUGGUAACGAAGAUGGCUCUUACGAGUUCGAUGGACACGCGAACAGCUACAUUGACUUUCCAAACGAUGGGGGAUUGGAUGUACAGCAUUCCAUCACAGUGUUAUGUUGGUUGUAUCCUAAGAUUAUAGGUAGAGGAUCAAUCUUCAGUUAUGGAAUAAAUGAUCAGCAGUGGACAGUUCAUUUUUGGAUUUCCAAUUCGGGAAAACUUAUGGCUGGUUAUGCGGACAGAAAUUACUCGGACAUACCAGCUUUUAAGACCGAUAAUUCCCUGGCAAGUAACCAAUGGCACUAUGUUGGCACUUCCUAUGAUCACGAUACUGGUAUUGCAAGCAUUUGGAUAAAUGGUACAAGAAUUGUGCAGCGCAGUAUCGGAGCUGGAAUAACUCUUGCUACUCAAGACGACGUCAGAAUAGGUGCAUUUAAAGAGCGGUAUUUCACGGGAAGAAUUGCUGCAAUGCAAUUCUUUGACGCCGCGCUGACCGCGAAGCAAAUAAAUGAAGUGAAAGAAUCGGGUCUAGACAUAGACGAAUGUCAAGAACAGAAACACAAUUGCGACGUCAACGCCCAGUGUAACAAUACUUUUGGUUCAUUCAACUGUACUUGUGUCCAAGGGUAUUCAGGAAACGGUGUAAACUGUUGGGACGCAGACGAAUGUCAACAUCAGACGCACAACUGCCACGAAAAUGCACAGUGCAUCAACACUAUAGGCUCAUUCGACUGUACUUGUCUUCGAGGAUAUUCAGGAGAUGGCGUAGAUUGUUUUGAUAUCGAUGAAUGUGGAACAGCAACUCACAACUGCCAUGGAGUGGCUAACUGUUACAACAAUGACGGUUCCUUUACCUGUGAGUGUCGGGAUAGUUACACUGGUGAUGGGAUAUUAAAUUGUGAUCCCGUGGGAGACUUCUCAGUAACCAUCCGGAACAUUUCCAAGGACAAGAAUCACGCCACUCUUGUCGAGCGGUCGGUGAAAAGUGUUCAAGAAGCGAUAAUCCAAGGUUUGCAGAGCGAUGCCAAUGUAUUGGCAAACACCUUGGAAUGGCGUAUCAUUAGUGAAACAGAACUCGAUAACUCGGAGACAGCGGAGGGAGCUUUAGUAAGUCAGGGAACAACUGAAUGGACCAUAAACAGGAGAUCUAUACCCGCUGGUAUCUAUCAAGUCAAAUUUACUGCUUCUUACAAAAUUGGUGAUUCGGAGUUCCCACAAACUCUUACUGCCUUUGACUUUGGGUUUAUUGAGGUCAUUUCAGCGCCGGUAAAAGCCAUUAUUGACGGUGGCAGUAGCGUGCGCCUGGGAUCCGUCGAUAAUGUAACCGUGGAUGGCUCAUUGAGUUACGAUGGAGAUAUUGGCCCUGGAAAUUACUCAGGAUUAAAUUUCGCUUGGUCCUGCUUUCAUUCGGAGGACAAUGCUUCUUUGAGUAAUGAUUGUUUCGGUUCUUUUGUUGGACACGUAAACGCCAUUUCCACUUCCAUUACUAUCGACCCUCGUCAGCUUGCAGUACGGCAAAACUAUGUUCUGAGACUGACUGUGUCCAAAGAUGAGAGAAGCUCCUUUGCAGAAAUGUCUUUUGAGGUAACUGCUGGAGAAGUACCCCAGGUGGCAUUGAGAUGCUUUGUUGACUGUGGUGCAGUGGUAGCCGCUUCGAACAAGCUCCGAGUGACGUCAGAGUGUGUUAAUUCUCCAUGCAAUGGUUCAGUGUACGAAUGGCGAUUAAAAAGAUUGGAUGAUAAUUCGAGCAAGUGGGAAGGCAUACCUAUUCCACCUAACAUGACCUCAACUGCAGUGAAUGCGACCAAUAUGAUUAUCAAAAAGAAUUCAUUGCAAUCCAAAUCCAAGUACAGUUUAACGUUAUUCGUAACAUCUCCAGACGGAACAGAGGGUUUCGCCGUGCUUGAUUUCGAGACAGCUGGGGCGCCGCACAGCGGGUAUUGCACACCGUCAGUAACUGAAGGAGUGGUUCUCGAGACAGAGUUUACUUUUGAGUGUUUUGAUUGGCAAGAUACAAACGCACUUACUUAUGAAUUUCAGCUUGGAGAGGAACCAAUAUCUUACGGAAGCUCUCCCAAGUCUGUUUCGACAGUGUUACCGGCAGGAGCUCCAGAAGAUGAUUACAAGUUACAAAUUAACGUCGUCGUCAAGAAUGCCGUCGGCGUUGCGGUUGUAGUAAAUCUGUUUAUUAAGGUUAAACCAGCUGCUGAUCUUGAUCCCUGUCUAUCGUCGUCAGAUGAAGUCGCAAACAAGUUAAAAAGCUUUGUACUUGGGGAAGGCAAUCCACUGGAUGGAUUUCUUAAUAAAGGGGAACUCUCUCAGGCUGCCCAGCUUGCUUUGUCUGUCCUCAAGUCUGCCAACGAGAAAAACGAUUGUGAAAAAACAUUGGACCCAGGUGUAAAAAUGUUGAUUUCUGAAACAAUAAUUAUGAAGUUUACAGUUAUAACGCCAGAGAGUCUUGAAAUGUCCCGCUUGGUGAUGUCAGUGGUUAACGUGGCGAUGGGCGGCGAGAAAGGGACGGGAGGGAGUAAUAGUCUAGUAUUUAUAAUGCAAAUGACAGAGAAGGUUUCAAAUAUGCUAGUUGAUAACCUCAACGACUUGGAGGAGCCAUUUUCUCCUGUGAUAGAGCAAACAUCUAAGAGCAUUACAGGAUGUCUCACCAAUGUUCUUCAGUCAGCAGCAGGUGCAGAUCAAGCGAACGGAGUCUCAGAUGACAACCAACCUUCCUCACAGUUCGUGAAAAAGGCUUUGGGGAAAUUGAGUAACAUGAGCGAUGCGUUAUUUGGCCGCUUGGUUCCGUCCGAAGCCUUAGUAAUUCGUACAAACAACUUGGCAACAACUUUGAAGAAGGUCGCCGUCGACGAUGUGAAGGGACUCGCUAUGGAAGAAGGGCCCACAAAAUUUAAGCUACCUGCCAAUCUUGGAGACAUUGGCGAUGGAGAUAUUAACGCACGGAUGCAAGCUGUUGAUUUCAAUCCUUUCACCUGGGACAACAGCAGCAAAAAGAUCAAAUCAAGUGUAACCAGUCUUGCUCUUCAAAGUGGCAAUGGGGAAAAGAUUAAUGUGUCAAACCUUGAUAAUUACAUUGAGAUAGUUAUUCCGAUUUCGGGUCCACCGACAAACAACAGCAACGGAACGGAACAUUAUUUCCUAAAGCCAAACAAAAUGUCAUUCCGUAGUUAUUACGCAGAGCUAGCAGAUGUACCCGUUUCUAUCAAAAUCAAAGCGCAAAAACAAGGAAUUGCUAUUCAAUUGUUUUUGAAAUUUGGAGCAAGACCUACAAUCGAGGACUUUGAUCACAACUUCACUGUUACGUCAACAUGUAAAAAUCAAACAGAUGACAAACAAAACGAAACAUUCUGCCCUCUAGAAGGGGGCUCAUUAACAGUGGUACCUUCUGAACCAAGUCGUCUUUAUGUUGGUCUGUUGAUUCUAGUCAACGAACAUUCCAGAAGACGGAGAUCGGCAUGUCUUGGUCAUGGUCGUGAAAGACGGUCAUGUGUCGGCGUCAAGGAUCCCCCACCAAAAGGAGUUACUAAAACAGUUAUUCCCCAGUAUGAUCCAUUAACCGAUGUCAACUACACCUUCAGUAUUACCCAAUCAAGUUGUCUGUAUUGGUCUGAAGAAAAAGAGAAGUGGACUUCCGAUGGUUGCAAGGUUGACGCCAGUUCAAACACCACUCAUCUUAAAUGCCUUUGCAACCAUUUGACUUCCUUUGGUGGAAACUUCAUUCAAGCACCAAAUCCCAUUGAUUUUGACAAGGUUUUCACUGAGUUUACGCGCCUUGGAGAAACUGGCAAUAUUUCAGUACUUGUCACAAUAGCAUCUGCUUUUCUUCUCUACUUCGUUAUCUUAAUAUUCGCAAGGAGGGCCGACAAGAAGGACGAAAGCAAGACGUCUUCUCCUAAGCAUGUAACCAUCUUUGAUGAAGGAAACUAUUUUUACGACAUGGUUAUUAGCACUGGUGUUUGGAAACAUUCAGGAACAACAGCCAACGUAUGUCUUAGCGUUAAAGGCGAAGUUAAUGAGCACAAGCUAAUUCCGCUGCGAAGUAAAGAAGAGUCAGGUGAAAUAUUUGCUCGAGGAAGUAUUAAUGGCUUUGUCCUCAUCACUGACGAAUCAUUGGGUACUUUAAAUGAAAUAACUUUGGAACACGACAAUUCCGGAGAUGACCCCUCUUGGUUUGUGGAGACAGCCGUAAUUCAAGACAGGCAGACAGAGGAACGAUGGGUGUUCCCGAUAAAUAGGUGGCUUGCGUUAGAAAAGGACGAUGGACAAGUAGAAGUUACCGUGGACAACCAAAGUGUUGCGUCCUUUUCAGCUCAUGUACGUUCGCGCUUUGGACGAAAGAUUGCAGACGGUCAUCUAUGGGUCUCAGUGUUUGGUAAAGCAUGUAGCAGCACUUUCACCCGCGUACAAAGAGCCUCGUGUUGUCUCUCAGUGCUAUUCAGCGCCAUGAUUGCUAACGCUAUGUUUUAUAACAUUGGUGGAGAAUCCGACGGAGCUAUACAAGUUGGUCCAUUUAAGUUUUCUUGGAAACAGAUUGUCGUGGGAGUUCAAAGUGGACUGAUAGUUGCACCUGUUAACAUCCUGAUUGUCCUCCUGUUUAAGUCCAGUAGACCAAGAAGGAAAAAGGCAGACAAGUAUAAAGACAUUGACCGGGCCCAGCGACUCGUGGAUGAAAUAAGUGAAACAGGUUGCAUGUUGCCUCAUUUCUGUGUGUACAUCGGUUGGUUUCUAUGUUUCGUCACAACUCUUACAGCUGCAACUUUCACCUUAUUUUACAGCUUAAUGUGGGGUAAAGAAGUUGCCGAACAAUGGCUUGCUUCAAUUUUGAUUUCCAAUGGACAAGAUAUUUUUGUUGUACAACCAACAAAGGUAAUGCUGGCCGUCAUUGUAAUUUCUUUGCUCUUGAGCCGAAAAAACAGCAACAAAGAAGGAGAUUCUGGAGAGGGUGAAGAUUAUGAUUCAUAUGACGAUGAUAUCGAUUUUCUUGGUGAUGAUCCUAAACAGCGCUUUAAGCAAAGUCUGUUGGAAAAGAUGCGUAUCCGAAGCAAAAAAGAAGCUCAGUUGACAGACAUUGUGAAGGACAUUGUUCUUCAUCUAAUAUUUGUGUUUCUCCUGGCUAUUGUUUGCUAUGGCAACAAGAAUAAAAACCGUUUUCUAAUGACAAGUGCAACGAGAAAUGCCUUUACAAAGUUUGAUCUGGUAACCGACUCCCAGAGAUUUUCGCGUUGGUUAAGGCAAGAGUUCCUUCCAAAUAUUUACAGUCAAGCGUGGUACAAUGGCUUUGAAGAAAACAAUGAUGUAUACAUCGCAAACAAGAUGUCAAUAUUGAUCGGCAUGCCUUGGAUGCGACAGCUGAGAGUAAAAAAAAGUCCGUGUGGAUUACUCUCAGAAAUCAUCUCAGUCUGCUAUUACGAUUAUUCACCCGAGGGAGAGGACACCACAUUGCUGAGUCUUCCAGGAUGGAAACCUCUCCUCUACAAUACAUCAUGGCCAAAGGCUCUGCGAAUGUGCCCAAAGCCUUGGCGUUACCAAACAGCCAAAGACCUGGCCAAUGAUCCAACAAAAGCCGCAUACAAUACAUAUGAAGGAGGUGGCUAUCCUGCUGUCCUUGGGUAUGACGAAAACACUGCCCUCGGCGUCUUAAGUGAGACACUUGAACAAGGAUGGGUUGAUCGGCAGACUCGCGCGAUUAUUCUAGAGUUCGCAAUUUUUAACAUUAACACAAACUUGAUCAGCAUCGCUGCUUACUUCUUCGAGAUGAUCGCUACUGGCGCUGCCUACACUUCAAGGAGGGUUGAAACACUCGAGUUGUACGGUACAGAGUCAGGAGCUCUGAUGUUCUAUCUCAUUUGCCAGUUUUUGUUCAUGGCCAUGGUGCUAUAUUACUUCAUUAUGAUCCUGAUCCACCUAUAUCGGGAGCGUCUUGGAUUUUUCAAGUCUGUCUGGAAUAUGAUUGACUUCUUAAUGAUUGUCUCUUCUGUCGCCUCCGUUUCAUUCUAUAUGAUUAGAUCUAAAAGUAUAUUACAGAGCAUCAAAGCAAUCCAAUCUAAUCCUUUUGAAAUUAUGCAUUUUCACUCAGCACUAGAUUGGGCCAACUGGGAAAAUGCCUCAAUCGCUGUUGCCGUUUUCAUCGUGACACUGAAGCUUUUGAAUCUCAUCCGUUUCAAUCCUUAUGUGAUUUUCUUGUUUUCAUCUUUCCGGCAGUCUGUAGGCUACCAAUUGUCAUAUCUGGGUGUUUUUCUCAUCGUCUUCAAUGCUUUUGUCAUAUCAGGGAUGACAUUUUUUGGUGGUACGGUCAUUAACUACUCAAGCUACCUGCAAGCAGUCAUCUCGCAGUUUCAGUUUCUUCUGGGAACUGCUGUCCCACUCGAUGACCUCCGUAAUGACAAGCCCUUUAUUGGCCCAACGUUUGCUCUGCUAUUCAUGUUAUGCAUGACUGUCAUCCUUAUGAAUAUGCUGGUUUCAGUCCUAAAUGAGUCGUACACUGACGCCAAGACAAACGUUGAAGAAAGUGCCGACCAGCUUGAAAUGGUCAGAUUCAUUGGUGAACGUUUCAUGGAAAUGUUUCAGGAAGGUAAAAGGAAACCUGAAUUCAAGCUAUUUUGUGACGACGUGACUUUUACUAACAUGUGCAAUUCUGACGCAGAGCCAUUCUGUUUGAAUUCUGAAAGUAUCAUCCAGUGCACCGAGCAGAGAUUGGAGAAAGUGGAGAAAAGACUAUCCGCCCUGACUCGGCGAACGGAAAACGCAGUGACUGACCAUUUUAAGGAGGAAGAUGAAAUUUUCGAUCUCUUCUACCUGAUUCUAGGGGAGGGGCCCGGGGGACCCGGACUCCCCCCUUAUUUUGGGUAAAACAAAAAAAAAUCGAAGUAGGAAGAAAAGCCGGCAGGACAAGCAAGAAAACAUAACAAGUUGAAAGAUAACAACUAUAUUCAAGGAUAAGAAAGCAAUAGGAAAAUUGUCAAGAGAGCCCCGCGUUCUCCUCCUUACAUGUGAUCGGGUUGUUCAAAGCUUAAGCAAACCCAGGAUUAGGAAGAAUUUUGACUUCAGUUUUGUACUUUCUCGGUGAAGUUUUCUGUUUCUACUGUUUGUCCUUCAGUUUUGAGCUUGAGUAAUCUCACACAACACAAAACGUAAGAAGUGAAGAACAGUUUUAUAUCGGAAAUAUUGAUACUUCAGUUAACGUUUUAUCCGGGGUUACUGUUUUCGAACAACCCAGCAGGGUAGUACAUCGUAUUUACAUUGUUGUCAAUUUAUAUUUCCGAGAGGAACAAUGGCGCUACAGUAGAAAGAAAUUGUUUAAACAAUAUCGGUUAUUUUUUUGCUUCCUAAUUAGACUAGACGAUCUUACGUUCGAAAGAAGGAGCCUAUAGCGAUCGAGGGUAACUUGCGGAACAGAA